UUUUUUUGUUAUUUUUUUUUACUUUUAUUUUUAUUUUUUUCCCCAUAAAACCUACUCGUAAAAAGACAUUGUUAAUACAACUACAGUUAUUACUCUGAGUCUGUGAUAAAACACUCAGAGUGCAAUCAUUGGUUUUUGCUUUACUUUUUUCCUCCCUUUUUCACAUUUGUAUUUCCUGCCAAAGCCAUGGCUGGUAUGAGCCAAGAUGAACUCUUCGAACUACAACAGAACGAAUUGGAGGCUCUUCGUGCUAUUUAUAUGGAAGAUUAUCAACCUAUCACAAUCCCAUCAGCAUGGAAGCUGGUCCCAACAACGCCUGAAUUUCGACUCCAUCUAUUACCGCAGGAAGAAGACUUGAAACGAUAUGUGUCAGUGGACUUGCGUGUCAAGUUCACUAGAACAUACCCAAAAACUAUACCGGAUCUAAAGAUCGAAAACCCAAGAGGAUUGUCAGCCUCGCAGGUUCAGGAGCUAUCAAAACUUAUUCUAACACAUGCAAAGGCACUAGUUGGGCAGGAGAUGAUGUAUGAAGUCGCUUCGUAUGUUCAAGAAUACAUUACCGCCAACAAUGCGAGUCUUUUUACAAAACACCAAAGUUUCUACGACCAAAUGCUUCAACGCGUGGAACAAACCACAAAGGAUGAGAAGGAAAGAGCCAUUGAGGCCAUGACCAAGCAGCAGAAGCUAGAAAUGGAGGCCAGGAUACAUGCAGACCUAACAUUGGACCAAAAGAUUCGGGAAGAUCUCAUGCGUAAAGAAGAAAAGAUUAAGGAAGAGAAGAAACGCCAAAAGGAAUUGAAGAACAAACAGCAGGAACAAUUUGGAGGAGGCGACUAUCUUGAUGGUCAUGGUAGAAAUGGCAGCGGCGGAGGAUCUGGAUAUGGCAUGGAUACUGUCAGUGUCCAUUUUGAUGUGCCCAUUAUCAUGUCACCAGACGACUCUCAGGCUCCAGCAUUUCGCUCUGUGAUCAGGGGAGCGUGUCUUUCGCGCGGUCUACUUAGCUCGACCUACUCUGCGAUCCCGACAAAUUAUAUAUCCAGGCCGCACUCCACUUCCGACGUUCCUUUCUUGCUUCUAAAAACAUUCGAUAUCACAACAGCACAUUAUUGUACACACCUUGGGAAGAAGAAGCUACAGGAUGUUGAGAAGGAGCUUUCUAGAUUAAAACUGCUCCGGCAUCAUCAUCUUGUGUCCAUUUUGGAAUCACGUCUUGAAAGAACAAAUAGUGGCUGGAAUUUGCAUGUCCUUACCGAUGGGAGUUCGGCCAACAUGACCUCACUAGAAUCAUUUGUCAACAUUGCAGGUGGUAUUAAAUUGAACACUGCAAGGAAGUACCUCAAAGAACUCUUACAGGCUGUCAGUUAUCUUCACUCUAACAACGUCAUUCACAAGGACAUCAGAUUGUCCAACAUUGUAUUGGACCCGAAUGGAAGCAUCAAACUGGACAACGCUAGCUAUCACCGCCGACUCUUGGAUAUGCACAAAACAUUCAGUUUCAAUUCAGACAGUGGCCAGGAAGUUUCUAGAGCUUGGUCCUCACCCGAUCCGGAGGAGGCAUCGAUCGUAUAUACUAGAAAGCAUGAUAUCUGGUGCCUUGGUCAGGUAUUGGUUGAGAUGUUGUGGGGUAGUGGGGUCACUCGAACGUUUAAAUCACCUUCACAGUUCCUAGAGUCUGUCGACACCUCAAUUCCAAAGCUGACAAAAGAUAUUCUUACGCGCAUAUUCGAAAUUGAUGCCAAGAAGAGACCGAGUGCUGCAGAUUUAGUGAAUGAUCCCUUUCUCGGAGAUGCUGCGAGCGACGACGCCGCUCUCGCUCAGUUUCACAUGUACCGAGACACUGAAGACGAUUCCGGUCUAAGUUGUCUUCGGAGAUCCCACCCUCCGUCUACUAUCAAUCUUCCUUUACCAAGAGUAGGAAGAGAGUCUUCUCGGCUUGAUGACAUGUAUGUAGACGACUCAAUCAAUCAGCUUAAUAGAUCACCGUCUACCUCGGGCCGUAAUUUGUAUUCGCGUUACAGGAGUGAUUUUGAGGAAAUUGAAUUUCUUGGACGAGGCGGUUUUGGAGAGGUGGUCAAAGCGAGAAACAAGCUUGAUGGCCGUUUCUAUGCGAUCAAAAAGAUUAAACUCGACCCCAAGGACAAUGUCACAAACCGUAAAAUUCUUCGUGAAGUCACGACCCUAUCAAGAUUGCAUCAUCAAUUUGUGGUGCGGUACUACACAACAUGGUUUGAGGAUGCUAAUGGGGCGUCAUAUAGCGAUGGAAAGUCUGACUCAGAAGUUGAUUCAGAGGAGGAUGAUGAUGAUGACGAUGAUGACGACGUUGAUGAUAAAUCAUACGAAAAAUCGAGUCGGGUAGUAAAGGACAUGAAAUAUGAUUUCCUAUCUGAGGGUGCCAGCAAUCGCAACCGAAGCUACCCUAGUAUUCAUUUCGGCCAUCGAUCCAGAGAUGUGUCAGGUCAUACGGAGAGUUCUUUUGGAAUGAAUGGUUUGGCCCUUGAUAGUUCGGAGGAAUCGACCUCAUCUGAGGAAGAAGACGACUCAGAGUCGGAAUCAGAGUCAGAAAGUGAUUACGGCUGUGAAGAUGAUAGUGGAUCUGACUCUGAUUCGGGCAUUCGAUUUGAAUCUGAAGAUGUCACAGAUAAUACCGCCAGUAACCCACAGACCAAGGACGAAAACAAGGUCAUGACCAAAGCUUUAGUGCCAAAGAAGAAGCGUUUACCACCCAAACCCUCGAGAACACUUUACAUUCAAAUGGAGUAUUGCGAAAGACAAACACUAAAGGAUCUGAUUGAUAUUGGUGUAGAUAUUGAUGAUGGUUGGCGAUUGUUUCGACAAAUCUUGGAAGGGCUUGUCCACAUUCACUCCCAAAACAUAAUUCACAGAGAUUUGAAGCCGGUUAAUAUUUUCUUGGAUGCGAACGGGGAUGUGAAGAUUGGAGAUUUUGGACUGGCAACCAGCAACUCGCAAGUAAUCAAUGAUUUAAAGUCGCAAAGUCAUGCUGUGGAUGAGACCAUCGUGAUGAGUCGUAGUGGUAGUUACGACAACAGAGUCCAUGAUGAUGGACUCUCCCUGACCACAGGUGUAGGAACUGUAUUUUAUGUCAGUCCUGAAGUGUUGAUUGGAGGGGCCAAUGGUGUCCGGUAUAAUACCAAGGCGGACAUGUAUUCUUUAGGAAUCAUCUUCUUUGAAAUGUGUUACCCCUUAUCGACUGGAAUGGAACGUGCCAUGACUCUUCGCAACCUUCAACAACCCGAAAUCAUUUUUCCCAAGGAGUUCCCAAUGGAUAAGAUGUCAAAGCAGGCACAGGUGAUCCGAGCCUUACUGAAUCAUAACCUGAAGGAGCGACCCAGUUCUCUGGAGCUUCUGCAGAGUGACUUGUUGCCACCAAAGUUGGAAGACGAAUACAUUCAGGAAUGUGUCCGGACAAUCGCUAAUCCAAAUACUCCUUAUUAUCAUCGGUUGAUGUCUGCCUUAUUUGCACAGAAUGCGGACAAACAUAAGGAUUACACCUAUGACUUUAAUGCUGAAAACAAGAUGUAUGACCCGUUUUUCUCUUUGUUUUUCGGCAAAGUCAGGGAUCAAAUGGUGAAUGUCUUUCGAUGUCAUGGAGCUGUUGAAAUGGGAACCCCACUCUUGAUGCCCAAAAGCGAUCUUCACGACAAUGAUAAGAAAUCAGUAGCAUUGAUGGAUUCAACAGGAGGGCUGGUGCAAUUGCCUUAUGAUCUGACUUUGCCAUUUGCCCGAUUUAUCUGCAGGAAUGAUAUCACUCAAUUGAAGCGAUUCUGCUUCGGGCGUGUCUAUCGUGAAAAUACAGUGGGUGGACAGCCUCAGGUGGUACAUGAGGUCGACUUUGACAUUGUGCAUAAUACUCAUAGCAAUCCAAUGGUGACAGAUGCGGAACUGAUCAAAGUCGUGGAUGAGUUGUUGGAAGAGUUUCCGCCGUUCAAGGCCACGAACGGAGUGUUUUUCCUGAUCAACCAUACGAUGGUUGUGGAGGCGAUCUUUGAUAGCUGUCGAAUCCCCUCCGAAAUUCGAACGGGUGUUUGCACGAUUCUAGGUCAACUCGGUCGACAGUACCAGCACAUGUCACAGGUUCGGAAUCAUCUCAUGUCUGUUUACCAUUUACCACGAAGUGUCCUGGAUGAGCUCGAGUUGUUUGAUAAGAAGGGGGAUCUUGAAGUGGUUGCUAAAGCUUUGGAAGAAUUAAUCACGGCAGAGCCCAUGAAGACGAAACUUCGGGACGCAUUGGCAGAGUUGAGACUUUUGACCAUGUAUUGCAAGAAUUUCGGUGUUCGUCAUCGGAUAGUAUUCAAUCCGCUUCUCAUGUAUAAUAACCAAUAUUACAAAGGUGGAAUGAUGUUCCAGGUAGUCGAUGAUGCAAAACGAAAGAAUAUCCUCGCAGCAGGUGGUCGAUAUGACUCAUUGAUCCAACAGUUCCGACAUCCAGUGGUCGGAGGUCCUCCUCGCAAGGUCUACGCUGUUGGAGUGAAUCUAGCAAUGCAAAAAUUUGUGGGCGCGAUCUCACAAUAUCAAUCUGAUCACUUCCGUUACUUUAUCACUAACAACAGCAGCAAAUCUAAUCGAAGUCAUAGUGGCGAUGACGAAGAAAAAUCAUUUGGAUUCUGGGCUCCAAAACGCUGUGAUGUUUUUGUGGCCAGUUUUGGAAAAGUUCUACUUCAGGAACGACUAGAGUUGGUGAGAGAACUGUGGGCUCAUGGGAUCAAAGCAGACUACAUGCUUGAAGAUGGUACAGACCUGACACCGGAAACAUUGACGACCACUUGUAAACAUCAGAGUAUCAACUGGAUUGUGAUUCUCAAGAACAAGAAUCAACAGCAACAGCAAGAUUCAUCUCAUAAUCAUCAACGAGGCAGUCGUAGUGACCUUAUGAGUAUGGUCAAGGUCAAAAAUGUACUUCGUAAGACUGAGGAUGAAGUGCCACGGUCUGAACUUUGUAUCUUGCUCAAAGCUGAGAUUGCAGAGCAAACACGAUUGGAUAUACAGAUGGCUACGAUGAUAGGAGCAGGAGGGGUCCUUGGAUCGAAAGCAGCGCGUAAACUCGCAGAAAAUAAUGCUGGACAUCAUCAUCAUCAUUUUCAUCAUCAUGGAUUGGAAACUUCUGCUGGGUCUUUGGGCGCAAGGCAUGGACUAGAUCAUCAUAAUUCGUCAGGUGAAUCAACACAGGUACAGACUGAUUUUAAUGUCUACGUGGUCAGUUCUAGCUCCAUGAAAAACCGGCUAAAACACAAACAGAAGACCAUGCUUAUUGACAAAGCAAUCAAUAACCUGGUGGGUGUAACCAAGAAUUUGGUGAAUGCUACAGUUCCUGUAUUAGCGGUGGAUCUCUCAAAGGAGAGUCUUCGGAAGUUAGCACAUUGCAAUGUGGCAGAGGAUGAUAGUUUCCGUAAGAAUGUGUUGGACCAACUUAGCCCAUCACAGCGCGAAUAUUGUUUGAUGAUCCGAGAGGCUAUGCUUAAGCUCCGACAAGAAGAUGGAGGACAGAAGCAUGUCUGGUUAUACUCUCAUCGGGAUGAUUUUUCGAUUCUUUAUCAUUUUUGGUCAUAAAUAAGGGACAAGGAGGCG